CGCAACGUACGGGCUCUCGGAGCGGGCGAUAUAUACCUAUACCUUGGUACGUAGACAGUGCGCGCCGAUGUGGAGCAGCGACCAGCUGUGCAGUGUGCAACAGGAGGCUCGACGCGGAGCAGCAGCAGCAGCAGCACAGCAACAGAUGCCUUCCCUCUUUGCAUCAUGGAUGGCAAUGAAAAUUCGUUAAAACGAUUAAACUAGCUUUACGGUUUACCAACUGUGACCGCGAGUGCGAGGAGCAAAAAUAAUAACGAGAUCCAGUGGUUUGACCUGUGAAACGAAGCUGAGCACGCGUUCGCGCGUUCUUGAUGAAUCAACGCUAAUUACCAAUGUCAUUUCCGAGAGUGAAAGAAUAAUGCAGAAUGGAGAACGUUUACCGCAGAUGACAAGUAUUAAUUGCGGCUUGUUUGAUUUUACAAAUGGAUCAGAAAAAAAUUGUCGCAUUAUAUCAGAGAGAUUUAAAAUUUAUUGAUGAUACUGUGAAAUAAUAAUCGUUGUUAUAUACAAUUUGUUUGUUUUCACCUCGUAAUUUAUGCCAGAACAAUAAAAAGCACAAAAGUUAACGUAGCCUCGAUGUCUUUUCUAGCAGAAAUUUUACGAGAAAAUUUUCAAAGCUUUUAUUCAAGAAAAACUGAACGUGUUUCUUUUACCCCUGAGGUAUAAAGCAAAGCAUCGGUAGCAGCAUCAGCGGCAGAAAAAAGUAUACAUUCCCGAAGUAAAAGAUGUAUGGAUAAACGAACGAACCCCUUACGCAAGACACGCACGAAAACGAAUACAAAAGCAUACACGUAGCAGGAAAAGAAGGAAAGAAGGAGGUCGCGCGCAGGAUAUAUUCACGUGCACGUAGCAGUGGUAGUAGGUAGUAGUAGUGGUAGCAGCAGCAACGCGAGUAUAGAACGCCGCGAGCGCACGGCAAGGAAAAAGAAAAGCAGCGCGUCGCUCGUCUACCGCUACCAUGGGUCGAAAAUACAAGCCCCGCUCGAUACCCGAACAGGAUCGUAAGCUCUGCGGCAGUAUAUGCAUCUGCCAAUUUACUAUAGUGAUUAGCUGCGUCGCGCUCGUAUAUCUCAGCGUGGCCAUUUACGUGCCGUCGCACAGGGCCUUCCAUGCGGGAUUCGAAAUCGAUCCCGUGAUGUGCCAAACGGUCAAUACCACCAUGGUAAACAACUGCGCUUGGGCGAGCUGCGGCGAGUGGUGCCUGACAAAAACCACCGGAUUCUGUCCUCAGAUCCACGCGACCGUGAGGCGCAACGGCACCGAUCUCAUUUUUGAAAAUUGCACGAGAAGCGCCAGUGUAGCUUGUCCAAUGGUGAACCUCGGUUCGGUGAAACGUUACAACUGCAACAAUGGCAGCGAGUGCGGCACCCUCACCGGCGUCUUCGAGUGCAAACUCGGCCACUGCUCGAAUCUGAGCGAGGCGAUGCUCUGCCACGACCGCCCGGACGGCGCCAUCGUCGACGCCGACAAGGAGAAUCUCAAACUGAACGGCAAUUUUCGCUGCAAUAACUCGCGUUGUACUCGCAUCAAGCAGCACUUCACUUGCGAUCGUUACUGCCCGAAAAUCAGCACAUCCAACGUCAACGUCUUUCUCAUGCAGGGCGAUAAUAUCAUAACUGCCUCGUGUACGAGGGCCUCCGCGCUCAACAAAGCCAACGGAAAUAUGUCCGGAGAAAGACUCUUGGAGCCGAAGCAGGUUUGGCGGGCUUCCGGUGAUGCUCUUGUUGCCAGUUGUUUUGCUGUUCAAAGACUCGGGGAUCAAGUCAGGACGGAAGACUGCGUUAAUGGAACUCUACUGUCGGAGAAUCUGAUACCUAAGCCCUUCAUAAACUUCACGACUUUUUUAAAACUUUACGAGAGGAGUCUGCCGCGAAAAGUCGACCCGGCGGACGUUUACGUGCCAUCUCAGCGCUCGCUCACCAUUUAUAAUUCCUCGAGGCUGUACAUAAACCUCGAGGGAUGCGUCAAUACGCUGCGAGGCGAAUGCCGCGAUUUUCUCAACAGUCACGGAGCCGACGGGGACAAUCAAACUGCCCAGAGCCGAUACCCCUGUUAUUACAAAAAGAACGACUCGUUCUUCGUGGUGGCUCGCUUCGAUCUCAACAAGACCCGCACCGAACUGCUGAUAGCCGUCAUAGUGCCAUCUUGUCUGUUCGUCGUGUCUUUGACGACCCUCGUGAUAAUACAGCGCUCGGUGCAAGUCGGCGACGACGCGAAAAUGCGAUGCCGCUACUGCGUCGACAAGCAGUCGCAGGACGAGGGCGAGGGACUCGUGGAAAACGCAACGUCAUCGUCGACGCCACCGCGCCAGGCGCUCUCGGCUGCAGCCGGAGGUUCCUCGAGCAAGCAAGAGACCAUGAGCAUGUCUCUCUAGCAGUUUCGAUACAGCUUCAGUCAUUUCGCCAGUGAGUACGAAAAAGUACCGCUCAUGGAUUCCGACGACGAGGACUCGUGUUAGUUCUCUAUAGUUGUUUGCAAAGUUGGCUUUUCUUAAGAAUGUGUGCGCAUCGUCGCGCCACAAAAUGCAAUUCAUACCUAUGUAUUGCGUUUAAAACUGUAAGUGUAACAAAUCGAUACUGAAAUCGAGUUUCUUCACGAUUCACGCGUAAAAAGCUUUUUGAUCGCGUAAAUACUAUGUGUAAAUACGAGGCAAAAAAUUUUUAGAGAAAUAAAAUUUUUAAACGAAUUGACCAAUUGAUAGUGUAAAAAUACAAAGAUAUACACUCAUUAUACAUACGCUAUAGUCGAUCUAUUCUCGUGCAAGGCUUUCGACCUGCUUUUCAUACCAAGUGUUUAUGCUUAUAAGUGUUCUUGUAAACUUAAAUUAUAUACAUUCCUUAUGGGGCCAACGUUGUUACCAAUACCAUUUCGCACAGUUGAAGAUUUUAUAUGUAUCCACAUUUGUGCUCGCAAACGUUUUGCAUGGAGAAUUCGCCAAGUUUUAGUUCACCAAGUGUAAUAAUUUCAAUUACGCAUUCAUGAAAACAACAAUAACUUGACUGUAUGUAUAUUACUGCAAAACAACUGAACAUGCCUUCGGAGAGUGUAUUUUAAACAUGAUUUUUUACUCAGAAAUGCCUUUUUCUAUCUAUGCAGCUGUACUUUCAUAUUGCGAAUUAAUAAUACAUUUCUAAAAUUAUACUUAAUAUAACUCUUGUAAUUCGUAUAAACUUCUUGUACAAAUCUACCCGAAUUUUUAACAUGAAAGAGUACAUUUUUCAAUAAAAAUUUUUGAGUAAACAACAUACAUUUUGUCUUCUUAUCGAAUGCAGAGAUAAAGUACAGAAAAUCAUGCAUUACUGUUUGUAGUUUCAGCAGCCUGUACACGUUUUUAUAAACUAGUCUAUAAUGGAUCACUGAUAAAU